CUCUUCAAAAUCUUUUUUAAAACGUUCAGCGCUUAAAAAGCUUAACAAAAACUUAACCGGUUUCCAAUGACGUCACAGUUUCCUCUCGACGGCGCGCGUCACUUCAUUUGAAAUUCCGAACUCCGCGCCGCGCCUGCGCCGUGCGUAGCAAAUUGCCGCGAAUGAGAAAUAACCAAUUUCUAUACUUUUUAUAUUUGUUCAAGUGUAAAGUGUUUAAUUAAAUAAAUUAUAUUUGUUUUUGUUAAUUGUGGAAGUGUCUGUGUUGUUUGGAUUUUCAUUAUGGGGGCCAUGAAUAUUAGGCUCGCGUUUGCUAUAAUAGCGUCGAGUUGUUGGUCAGCAUUUCAACAUGGAUAUAACACUGGAGUUCUAAACGCACCACACGAGAUUAUUUGCGAAUGGCUACAAAGGGAUGCUCUGACCGGUACCAACACAACAGUACCGGCAGAAGAUGACAAGAGAGUGAACACAGCCAUGUCCGUUAUCGUAUCCAUAUAUUGUGUUGGAGGUAUGAUAGGAGGUGUUUUCACUGGACUUGUAGCUGAUCGUUUUGGACGAAAAGGAGGUCUUUUACUGAACAAUAUAUUUGUGUUCCUGGGGGCGGCGUGCGAGGGCGCGGCCAAAUCGGCUAACUCGGCAGAACUUAUCAUGCUGGGACGGUUACUGAUCGGAGUAAACAGUGGAUUCAAUGCCGGUUUAGCGCCAUUAUACGUAUCAGAAAUAGCUCCAGUGUCUAUACGGGGCUCGAUAGGAACAGUCUACCAGCUAGUAAUUUCAGUUACCAUCCUCCUCUCGCAAGCGUUGGGCCUUGAAUCGGCGCUAGGUAAUGACAACGACUGGCCGUAUCUCCUCGCGUUGACAGCCAUACCGGCUGUACUGCAAUGUCUGACCUUACCCUUCUGCCCAGAGUCUCCAAAGUACUUGUUACUCAAAAGAGGGAAAGAUGAAAAAGCACAGAAAGCUUUGACAUGGUUCCAACGAACGGACGCUGCUAUCCUUGAGGAAAUGGAAGAAAUGCAUCAGGAAGCAGAGAAGACCAAAGUCAGCAAAGUGGUGACGUUACGCCAGUUGAUAUUGAAGCAGCAGCUUCGUCAGCCGCUCAUCAUCGCUGUGAUGGUGAUGGCCGCGCAGCAGCUGUCGGGGAUCAACGCUGUCAUCUUCUACUCCACCGCUAUCUUCCAUAAGAUACAGCUUAGCAGGGCACAGUCGCAGUACGCUACUCUCGCUAUCGGCAUCACAAACGUGGUGAUGACUGGUGUCAGUCUCUUCCUGGUGGAGACUACUGGUCGCAAGACGCUCCUCACCGCGGGCUUCUUCGGCAUGAUGCUGUCGACCGUCUCCCUGUCCAUCGCGAUCAACUAUUCUCACGUCUCAUGGGUCUCCUACCUGUGCAUAGCGAUCAUCAUUCUCUUCGUGGCUAUGUUUGCUAUCGGCCCGGGAUCGAUUCCCUGGUUCCUCGUCACUGAAUUGUUUAACCAAGCAGCGCGUCCUUCUGCAACUUCAGUGGCUGUCACAGUGAACUGGACGGCUAACUUUGUCGUGGGACUCAGUUUUCUGCCAUUAUCAUUAGUAAUUGGCUCGAAGGUCUUCAUAAUAUUCGCUGCAGUUCAAAUUAUUCUGAUCUUGUUCAUACAUUUCAAAGUGCCUGAGACGAAGAACAAAACAGUUGAAGAAAUCACGGCUAUGUUCAGACAGAACAUGUAGCUUAACCGACUGAGAUAUAGAGGGUUGUGUGUUUCGAAUACCCAGGUAUUAUGUAAAAACUGACACUAGGCUUACUCCUGAUUGAAUUGAGAUUAAUAGAAUUAAGAUCAAUUUGGUGCUUAGGAACUUGACACUAAUUAGUGGCAUGAGUUGAAACUAUGCUCCUUUUAUAGUAAAUGACUACACGGCUAGCGGAGUGGUUGGUGGUUGGCCAAAUCCACAAAAAGGAGACGUGUCGCGGCUUCGAUUUCCACGUAGGACAAGCGUUUGUGUGAUCCAUGAAUGCUUGUCCCGCGUCUGUGUGUGUUACUGCAAGUGACUUGAAUUUUUGUGAAUCCCUCCACGGCCCCCACAAGGAUUUGUUUAAGUUAAUGCGGUAGUCGUUUUCCUUAAAAAAAGAAAACACUACUCUUUCGAUGGUCCUAUUUAAGGAUCAAAUCUAGAAUAAAAUCUGAACCAAAACAGCUUCGGGAGUAAGCCUGCUGGUAUUGUCAUAAACUGGGAAAAAUAUUCAAUACUUUUUUCGGGAAAUGAAAUAAGGUUCUUAUAAAAAGAGUAUAGUUAAAAAGUGUGUUUUACAAUGUAAUAACUGGCUUGUAAUACAAUCCGUUAGAGAAGCAAUCACUGCCAAUUUAUUAACCAUCGAGAGUAUAGGUUAAUGGCCCUGACUGGUAUUCCACAGGUUGUGCACUCGAUUCCCACCCAGGACAAGUGUUUGUGUGAUGAGCACGAUUAUUUGUUCUGUGUUUGGAUGUAAUUUAUCUAUA